UUGACUAAAAAGCUCGCUCCGGGGCAAGCGGCGCCCUCCUUCCUCUCCGGGCAUCGGGGUGCGCUGCUGGUUUUUUUUUUUUGGGGGGGGCAUCUGGCGAUUCCGGGUCCCUUCCUCUGCCCGGGCUCUGGGAGGCAACGUGGGAUGUGAGCCGGGACGCGGGGCUGCAACUCGUGGCGUGCCCUUGGAGGCGUGCGGGGGGCCAAAGCAAACGUCGGCGCUCCUUUCCUCCGGGUUGCUUCCCCCGCGGCGUGCGCUCCGGUCUUGGCAGAGCCCUUGAGAGCUUAUCCAAAUUACAAGUCUGGAAGAAUCCACAGUAGAUCCCCCCAAGUGUGCACGUCAACACGAAGAACUACAAAGGAAGUCAAUCUGAGAAAGCUUGGUGUGGCAAAAAAUGGGUUCAAGUUAUAUAAUUCCAGUGUUUGCUUUGAUGAUUGGGUAUUUUACAUCUGCGGGUUCUCGGCCCACAGAUCAAUGUGUCUUGUCACCUGUCAAUAGCUCACAUCCAGUUCAAGCCUUGCUGGAAAGCUUCACCGUCUUGUCUGGCUGUGCAAGCAAAGGAACUGCUGGAUUGCCCCAGGAGGUCCAUGUUCUCAAUCUCAGGAGUCCUGAAGAGGGUUCUGGACACCAUGAAAGAGAGGUUGCCUUGCAUCUAAAAUCAAUUUCUUCCAUUCACAUCCACCGGAAGCCACUGGUAUUCUUACUGAACUCUCCUGUGCCCUUGAUGUGGAAGGUGAAAAUGGAAAGACUUGCCCUGGGGAUUCCAAGAGUUUUCAUUGUUUCGGCAGGUUCCUUAGUGUGGUUUGAGAAAGAAAACUUUUCAUUGUCAGCGAAAAUAGAGGAAAAACCACUCCCACAAGGAAACAACGCCCUGUUACAAUGGGCCCAAAAGGAAUAUGGGGCAGUAACGUCUUUCACAGAACUAAAAAUAUCCAGAAAUGUUUACAUCAAAGUUGGUGAAGAUCAGUUCUUCCCUGCAACAUGUAAUAUAGAAAAAAACUUUAUUUCUCUCAACUACCUUGCCGGAUACCUACAACCCAAAGCAGCCGAGGGUUGCAUUGUCUCCAGCAUGGGACAAGAAAGAGAAGUUCAUAUAAUUGAACUGAUCACACCUGACUCUAAUCCAUACAGUGCUUUCCAGGUGGAUAUCAUCAUUGACAUUCGACCAUCCCGGCCAGACACCACGCUUGUCAGGGAUCUUGUGCUUAUCCUCAAGUGCAGAAAGUCUGUCAAUUGGGUCAUCAAGUCACAUGAUGUCAAGGGGAAACUGGAAGCAAUUGCAGCAAACAGUAUCGGUUCUGGGAAAGAAUCUGAACGCUCCAUGGUGAUGACCAAAACCAUGUUAUCUGAUAUACCUUCCUCCCAUGAGAAUUUGAUUGCAUGGGCUUAUGACCAUGGUUACCGUCCAGUUACUUCUUAUACAAAAGCACCUGUUGCUAAUCGGUUUCACCUACGGCUUGAGGAUCCUGAAGAAAUGAAUGAUGAAGAAGACUACUUCCUUCCACCAGAGCUGACAGAACUGCUGCAUGGCAUAAACCCAUUGCCUGUUCCAGUCCCACCUUUGGGAGAAGGAACAGUUCAUUUUGACUUCCUCCAUGAAAAUCAUGAAGGGGCCUUGCCAUCCACUGAUACAGUAGACACGAUUAUUCCCAACCAUGGUUUUGAGCAUCUUCUUCCUAACAUCAGAGAACCAGAAGAAGUGCAGGGUAGCGUGGACGUUGCCCUGUCCGUAAAAUGUGAUGAUUCAUCAAUGACUGUGGCUGUAGCGAAAGAGUCUCUGGAGGCUAGUGGUUAUAUCGGGACACAGCUUUCUCUACUCGAUCCUAAAUGUAGAGCAAAGGCAAACCAAACUCAUUUUAUUCUGGAGUCAUCUCUGCAAGACUGUGGGACGCGACGGAUAACCUAUCCCUCGAAUCACGUUGUGUACCGGAACUCUAUUGUUAUUCAGUCAUCAUCUCCUGUUGAAGCCAGUGGUUGGCCAGUUGAUUAUGAAGACAUGGAAUCAGGAGAUAAUGGAUUCCCUGGGGAUGCUGAUGAAACAGAAAUCACCUUUUCCAGUCAGCCUGAAAUUGUGGUGUUCAACUGCACAUUUCAUCAACCGAGAGCUCCUAAGGUGCGCUGGCCACCUGAAACACGCAUCAGUAAUGUGACAUUUGGCAUGGAACUGUAUGAAACAAACCUCUUCCGUACCCCAACUCAAGGCUUCUUCUCCGUUGCAGAAAACGGCCAGAUUUUUGUUGAGAUUUCUGUGACCAAGGCUGAAAGAUCCCUCGGUUUUGCAAUCCAAACUUGCUUCAUUUCUCCAAAUUCAUACCCUGAUAAGAUGUCGGAGUAUACCAUUAUUGAAAACAUUUGUCCCAAAGAUGAAUCUGUGAAAUUCUACAACGUCCCGAGGGCUAGAUUUCCUCUGUUAAAUGCGCAAACGGACAAAAAGCGCUUUAGCUUCAUGUUCAAACCUGUAUUCAACACCUCCCUUCUUUUUCUGCACUGUGAGGUGACCUUGUGCACCGAGGAAGAGAAAGAUACUCAAGGACUAGCCAAGUGCAUCGCUCCUGAUGAAGCCUGCACCUUCCUCAAUGUUGACAUGAUCCUUGCAAUGAUGCAGAAUAAGAAAACCUUCACCAAACCCCUUGCUGUGAUAACUCAUAACAGGAAGACAGACGAUGAAUCUUCCUACCCGAAACCUCCAGUAGGGUUACCAUCAGACAUCUCUGGCCUGGACAAGAUAACAGUGGCAGGCAUUGCCUUUGCAGCCUUUGUGAUUGGUGCACUGUUGACAGGAGCACUGUGGUUUAUCUAUUCCCAUACAGGAGAACCGGCAGGAAGACAGCAGGUCCCCACAUCCCCACCAGCCUCUGAAAACAGCAGCGCGGCCCACAGUAUUGGCAGCACACAAAGCACGCCCUGUUCCAGUAGCAGCACAGCCUAACCAAGGGGGUGGGACGCAGUGGAGCUACAGCAGAGGUUCAAACAGAGCUAUUCGUUGGCAUUUGCUUUGAUUGGUUUGGAUUCUUCGGUCAGAAACGAGGAGGGAUUUCCUUCAUCCUCCUCUUUCUCCUGGGCCUCGAACCUCUUGCAGCAUGGCUGGCAACACAACAAAGCUAUUAUUUAUAUACAGCUGUGGACUCUGCGCAAAGGGUUCCACAUGCUUGCAGUGGGAAACACAAGCCAGUUCCCCUUCAGCCCACCAUAAAUGCUGCUUUGUCUCUACAGAACCUGGAAAUUGGGUUCUGCAAACAUCGAGGAGGCGCAAGGUGUCUGUAAAGGGAUUUCAGCCGUAUAAGCUUGAGAAAGAUUUUGUUUUUGCAUCCCCAACCCCUAACCUCUUGGUCGGGAUUCCAUCUCAUGAGAGCAAGAAAUGCAGAGUGAUUUGCGAUAAGAUCCUUGAUUUCAUCAGCUCUCCCUUGCCAUUUUGAAGUAACUAUGUCUUGAUUAUUUGUACAGUGGCUGAGGAUUUAGCACAGCAUUUUACCUGCUAUCAUGUUGGCCUCCACUUAAGGGAUUGGAUUUUCCUCAGGUUUAGCCUUUGGUAGCAGGCAAAAGCAAAACCAACAAAAUGUUGUUUAACAAAGUUGUGUUGGAUUAAGUAUUUUUAAUUAUUCACUACUACACUUACUUGUACAUCCCUAAGCCUGCUUCUAUAUGUGAUACAGAAUCUUGCACUCUUCUGUUUACCCUUUAAAAAUACAGUUUCUGCCACCUGUUAAGUGGUAGUAGACCUUCAAGGUAUCACACAGCCUUCCUCAAAGGCUCCCCCCCCCCCGCAUAGUUGUGCCUAUAAGGACUGGCAGUUCUUGCCCAUAUAACAGCUUCCUCAUUCACUGCAGUGCUAGGCAUGGCUUUCUGUGCAUAUUUCCAUUGUGAGUGCAGAAGUAUUUUGGUGAAUGAGGAAACCCUGUAUUUGCCACAAGUGCCAUGUCCACACUGCAACAUCCAUGGAGUUGAUAUUUCAGGGUCAUUGUAUGAACUUCAAUACCACGUUUAUGUAGCUAUCCGUUUACGUGGCCAGGGAGAGUUUAUUUUAUGGGCAGUUUUGACCCUUUGGCAUACCUGAAUAUACCUCAGCAAAUAUGAACUUGGCCAAAGAUUAGGUGGAAAAGGUAGAAGUAAAAUGACUGUCAAAACAACCUUCUGUUUCUGACCAGGUGUUUUGAUAUCUCUUCUGGCUUUGUUAUAUUAACUCCAGGAGAUAUAGAAGUAUGUCUUUCUCGGCACGCCUAUGGAGUGCAAGCAUUUCUAGAUUUGACACAGUGACAUCUAGAAGUGUCCAACAAGUUGAAAGCGAUCCACAAUGUGUACAUAGAAUCACUGUCUUUUAAAAAUUAGGCAAUGAUUUUAAUAACCUCGCCCCACAGGAGUGAACAUUGUAGCUAACUUUUUGCAAUCAAAAGUACUUGAGCCAGGUACUUCGUACUUUUUGGUUCCAACUUUUAUACAAUUUUAUAAUAAUUUUUUCUGCUCAGAGGAAGGAACCUUUGAGCUAGUCAUUCUCAAUUACUCACCAUUUAGAAGAACAAGCAAGAUUUCUUAAAAACCGCUCUAUGCCUUGUGUACAAUUGCAAGUCCAUAAUCUCAAAAGUGCAGUUGGAUAUAAUCUAAAGGAGCAUUUGGAAUGCAAAAUAAUAAUAAAGCAAACCAGUAUUCAUAUUCUUUAGAACUCCAGAUUCCCCCUGAUUUCAAAUACUACCGAAAUAAAAACUGAAGGAUGGGAUUUGAAACGGUAGGAACAUUAAGUUGUUACUGUGUGAGAUGAAAUGUCCUAUUUCAGAUUUCUUUCCUCCUGAAAACAAAAUAAGCACUCCACUCCCCUAGCAGACUAUCCAAUCACAGUUUUAUAACCUUCAUUUAUGAGGUUUUCUGCUUCUUGCUAUAGCAGAAAAGACACUACGCUAAAGCAGCAUUCUGCUAAGUUUGCAGAAAAGUUCACCUGCAGAUGCAGGCUUUUUGCCUGAUCCAGCCAUGUGAUAUCAUUUCAACCCGUGUCCUCAGUUUAUGUUCAUAUCAGUGGAUAAUUCAGAACAGAAUGAGAAUGAGAAAUGUAUGGGAUUUGGGCAAGAAAACAAGAGCGGUUAUUUCAUAUCAGGAGUCUAAAUGCAGUCUGAACUGAGUCCUGUAAACACUUCCCCACCUUAAUGCAAUCCCUUAGGACUCCCUAGUGCAGACUGACCUACACUGCAGCUGCAGAAGGGUCAAGGAAGGGUGGAGGGGCUGGAUGCACACCAUCAUCUGGCUUUUUUCAUAGUAGAGAAAAAGGAAAACCCAUUGUUUCAGUCUCCUGGCUACUCCCCAAUUUCUUGUGCUAAAUUUAUGUAAGAAACCAAUCAAAGUUGACCCAACUUUGAUGGUUGGCUGACCAGAAAAAUCCUUCCAAACCAGCCUGCUCUAAGCUGGUAGAAACAGGCAGAGCCACACACACCAUGGCAAUGGCUGCCUGCACCGUUACCGCACCCAGUUCAAAAGUCAACAGCCCUUGAUCCUGCAGAGCACCAACUACUCUACUGACCUUCACUUGCCCCUCUCCCAAACACCAUCCCUUCUGCCAUUGGUUAGAAAUGUGUAGUGGCAAAGGAGACAAACACCACAGUGGUCUGUUGAUAGAUCAAGGGGCAGAGAUCCGAGGAUCUUAGCAGAUUUGGAAAGUAUCCGAAACAAAUUGGAGUUGUUCAUAAAAGUAAAUUACUGUCCUUCUCAAGUGUUUGCAGGACUGGAUUGGUGGGAGCUAUCUGGACAACCAAUAUGCUACCUGUGUAUUUAAAAAUAAUGUGCUUUGCCUAACCUUCAGCUGAAUGUAUUAUGUAAUCAUAUUCGUUGUAUGAAAACCUUUAAGAUGUCUUCAAAGAAGACUAGAGUCUUUAAGUCAAUCAUAGCUAUAUUUUAUUACAUUAAAUGUGGGCAUAAAGAUAGAUAUAUUUAAAUAUAAGUGGCUCUAUAUAAGAUGUUUAAUUUCAGUUACUGUGAAUUCUGUGGUUUUGUACAUGCUUUCUUUUCCCAUUUCUUAAACACUUCCCAUCAGUUUCUUUUUUGUUUUGUUUUUCUGUGGAGAAGUAUAGGAAGUAUUAUAAACUUGGUUACUGAGAUGGACAUUUUAAAUUUUUAUGUAAAAUAAUUAAAUGUAUAUUUCUGAGACAGAGAGAGAAAGAGAGAGAGAGAGAGAGAGAUGCUGCAUUACCAAUAUUUCUAUCUCAAAAUUACUUUAAAGUUUAAAUUUAUAUUUCCAGAUGUGUAAAAUCAAGAAAGCAAUAUUUACAAGUAGACAAAUGACAUUUUUCUAGACUUAUAUUCGAGAUUAAAACAUAAUUAAUAAAUUGACCUUGAUGCACUUAAUUAAGAAUACUUCAGAAUGCUCACUUUAUUAUAUACUGAUGAUAUUAUACUCACUUUAUUAACAGCUUGUGAUAAUGGGAAAUUCUUACUGGUUAGACAGUAGAGCAACUGCCAGAUGCCAAUAAUAGCACUGAAAAUAUUUAUAUUGCCCUGUUACUUUUACAGGGCUAUGCGUACUGCACUGCUUUGUUCACACGCCUUGAUCCAGAGAUGUACAUGCCCACUCUUGCUGGUAUCAGUUGCACCAUUCAUUAGAGUGGGAGAACCAAAGCUAUGUGCAUAUUCUUUGUGUGGACUGGAUCUGUUUUCUGGAAUUAGUGGAACAUUCUUUUGGAUGAAAGGAUAUCAUACAUGGCAACAAAAUUUCUGUGCCCAUCACUGGAUCAAGGAGAAAGUCCACAAAGCCAUUUAAUCCAGAGUAUCAUUCUUUAGUCCAAAAAUCAGCAGUAGCAGAGAAUCGAGUAACUUUGUUACCAAUUGGACAGUUUUGCCACCAAAUUGAACAAUGCUUUUACCUUUUAAAAAAUCACUGAAAUUUGUAUUUCUGCUACCAAAAAUGCUCUACUUUCUGAUGUUGUAUAGUACUCACAGCAGGAUUUUUAUGCUGUUCUGAUGUUUUGGACUAUUGUUGUAUAUCAUUGUACCUUGAGAAUUUUGCCUUGCCUCACAAAGUGUAAAACUGUGUAAGUGGCCAGCCCUGGACCUUGGGGCAUUCUUUGAUGUUUCCAACUGGGAAUUAUUAUUAUUUUUUCUGUUUCUGUUUGCCAUUUAAGAGAGGCUUUGUCAAAAGCUUCUUAGAAAUUCAUUUACAGAACAGUAUUGGAUCAAUCUUAUCUACAGGCUAGCUGAUACAGUACUUUUGAAGAAUUCUAAACAGCUGCUGAGGCAAGACUCCAUUUUGUAGAAGCCAUGCUGACUGUCCCUUCACAAGGCUUGUGCUUCAGUGUAUUUAACAAGUUUAUGGUUAAUACUUUUUUCUACCAGUUUCCUUGGGACAUGUAAAUUCUACCAAUUUACCGGUGACAUGUGCCUAAUGUCUGAGUUCUUUUUUUUAAACAGUUUUACAUUAUCUGCCUUCUAAUCCUUUGAUAUGACAGCUAGUUCAUAUUUCUAAAAUAAAGAUCAGGCAUUUCAAAUCUGAAUUCUUUAAGGACUCGGGUGAAUGUCAUUCAGUCCUAGCGAUGGCUUAAUUUGUCAGCUCUAAACAUAAUCUAUUAUCGUCAACAGUCAGUGUUGCUCUACGGAUCCCCCUGUAGAGGGGGAUCUGUGGGUAUCUUGCCAAUGUACUUUUUGAGUGAAAAACCGAUAGAAAGAAUUAAUCUUCCUUCAUUAUUCCUUUUCAUAUAUUGUUCUCUAUAAGAGUCCAUAUGGGUGGUUUUGUGAUCCAGAUGUAUUUACACAUUUGUGUAUUUGUUUUGUGCUGUAGCAGUUAACUCCUCAAAUUCCUUCUUUGCUUGCCUAAUCAACUUAAAUUUACAUAAUGCUUGCCAGCACAAGAUUGUCUCCUUCACACCAGUGGGGCUGCUGAAAUUAAGAAGGCAGGAUUAUUUCAGAAGAGCUGGCUCCUUAGUAUACAGCUUGUUACAGAAAUUUAUAAACUCCAGUGUACUUUGUUAUAUCCAUGCGUUAUCUAAUCAGUAGCAUUUGCUUUUUCAAAUAUUUUAGCAUUGGGCCACUGUUAUUUUACUGUCACGAAAAGUCAAAAUGUCAUGCAUGUCAGGGUUGACACUGAGGUCUGCAUACCAUUUUUUUAAAAAAAAGAUUGUAUGUUUCCCCCAUCGCUCAGUUGUUUAUGGAUGUUGCGUGUUUGUCUUUUCUUAAAAGUGUAUCUACCUCAUGCUUCAAAUGAAGACUCUGCUGCUGAUUGUAAGUGCAGUCCAACAGAUGCUGCUGCUGGUUGUCCUCCAUCCAUUCUGCCGGGCCUUGGGGAGAGCUGCUGUAGAAUGCCCUUUAGACUAAAUGGAGGAUGCACAGCAGUGGCACCUGCUGGUUUGUGCCCUGUAUGAGUGGAGUAUCUUUUAAUGAGGCAACAGUUCAUUUUCGUUUGUCAUACUUGGGGUGUUCAUGGAGUAAUAGAAGUCUGCCAUUUCUAAAAUGAAAUAUUUUACCUUGUUUUUUCAGUGAGUCUACUUUCCUUGAAUCUUUUUUUAAAACAAACACACACACACACACACACACACACAAGUGGGAGAAAUAUGCCUGCUUAAUCCCCAUGGCCAGUUUGAACACUCCAUGUUGUGUUUGUUUCAAUGUUUUUAUGCAU